GGACCUGCCGCCCGCCUGCAGGGGGCAGUGGAUGCGGCCUGGUCCUCGCUCCGGCCGGCUCCGCGUCCCGGCCCUCGCCUUGCCCCGCUCUUCCUGUCGUCUGGGUGGCGGGCCCGCCUAAGGGCGGCCGGGGCAAGCGAGCGCCAUUCCCGUGUCGCUCCGCCCGCGGGGGCCGCCCGAGCCGGCCACCAUGCCGCUGGGCCUGAAGCCCACCUGCAGCGUCUGCAAGACCACGUCGUCCUCCAUGUGGAAGAAGGGCCCGCAGGGGGAGAUCCUGUGCCACCACUGCACGGGUCGGGGCGGCGCGGCCGGCGCGGGCGGCGCGGGCGCGGGCGGCAGCGCGGGGACGGCGGGCGGUGGCGGGGGUAGUGGUGGCGGCGGCGGCGGCGGCGGGGGCUUCGGCACGGCGACCUUCGCCAGCACCUCGGCCGCCCCUCCGCAGAGCAACGGGGGCGGGGGCGGCAAGCAGAGCAAACAAGAAAUUCAUAGGAGGUCUGCUCGUCUCAGAAACACCAAAUAUAAAUCUGCUCCAGCUGCUGAAAAGAAAGUUUCCACUAAAGGAAAAGGGAGAAGACAUAUUUUUAAAUUAAAAAAUCCCAUCAAAGCUCCUGAAUCUGUUUCCACUAUCAUCACUGCAGAAUCCAUUUUCUACAAGGGGGUAUAUUACCAAAUUGGUGAUGUUGUUUCUGUGAUUGAUGAACAAGACGGAAAGCUCUACUAUGCUCAGAUCAGGGGUUUUAUCCAGGACCAGUAUUGUGAGAAGAGCGCAGCACUGACGUGGCUCAUUCCCACUCUCUCUAGCCCCACAGAUCAAUUUGAUCCUGCAUCUUAUAUCAUAGGGCCAGAGGAAGACCUUCCAAGGAAGAUGGAAUACUUGGAAUUUGUUUGUCAUGCACCUUCUGAGUAUUUCAAGUCAAGGUCAUCACCAUUUCCCACUGUCCCCACCAGACCAGAGAAGGGCUAUAUAUGGACUCAUGUUGGACCUACUCCUGCAAUAACAAUUAAGGAGACAGUUGCCAACCACUUAUAGUUAGAACUAAAACUGAGGCUGGGAAACUCAGUAAUAUAUCCCUCACCCAGCAUGUAUUAGACCCUGGGUUCAAAACAAA